CUUCUGUUGCUGCUGCUUCUCGUAUUGUCAUUGCUGCCUUCACCUACACAGAGCAGUUCUAUCAGAAAGUUCCUCAUAACCGAUUGGAGCUAUUGGCUAAAGGAUUUAAAUUAUUGAUUUUCUUAGCAUGAGAAUAUAUUCCAAACCGAACCCUCCUGUUGAUAGCGAUUCUUUUGUUUUAUAUUUACAGUGUUCUGGUGGGUUCCUAUGUAGAAGGGAUACUUUCCGAAUUUGAUGCUUAAAAAAAAAAAGAAAAGAAAGAAAGAAAAGGUGUAUUAUGCAGCACAUUAUAAAACACCAGCGUUGGCAGCAGCAGCAGCAGCAGCCACCGCGAUGAUUAGAUGUGUGGAUGUAGAGAAUCUAGCAGCACAUAGAAUGAUGUAGUUGUAAAGAAUUGGUUAUUUUCUUUGUGCCGAUUCCUCUCUCGGAAUCCGUAUUAGUAGAAAAUCCAAGUUUAACGUGCUUAUAGAUAAUAUCCUUUCUUCAUUCUUGUCAUGGUUAUUUAUAGAUUUUUGGAUUUUUUAAACAUGACAUUGGGUAGAGCUGGUAAUCUAAAUUUAUUCUUAGUUAGAUCUCUAAAAUCUCCAAACAAGAUUAAAACUGGAAUUUUGUUUUUGUUUUUGUUUUUUUGCUACAAUGUUUUUACCACUUUUCUACUUUUCUUUCUUUCUUAAAACAAUGUAAAUACUAAAAAUGUAUUAUAACUUAAUUUAGUGUAUAGGCAUGGUUUAAAAAGUUAUCUCCACACUAGACAAGUUCUUGUUUCCUUGCGUGAAAAAUUAAAAAAAAAGAACCAAUACAUAAACAAAAAAAAAAAGACACGCCAAACCAAAUACCAAAACAAUAUUAAAUAUAUUUUUCUAAUCUAUUAAUUAUUCCCACUUUUUUCAUUAAGGGAAUCUUAGUCUCAUAGAAUUUUUCAUCGUCCAAGAAAUUUUGUAGUCUUUUAUUUUUUUCAUGAUUUUUACUUUGUUAAUUGUAUGAAUAGCUAUAUGUCCAGGAAAACCAGUUCCCAGACUCCUUCUCGGUUUAGCUUAGCAAGCCCUGUUCUGGAAUAUAAUAAUAAUUUGGCCAACUCAGGGUCAUCAUUAUCUUUGACCAUGCUGCAGGUCAACAAAGAAUAUCAUAACCAGUCGCGUACAAGUUUAGCGUCGAUUUUUGAGGAUUUAGCUAUAAUCCGACGUUCUUUCCUCAAACGAGGAUCUGAUAUGUGCCAGCGAGCUUGGAUUGAGAGAGUCUUUUGUAAACGAGAAUGUAUUAGAUUUAUUCCCAGUUCCAGAGAUCACUCAAAAUGUUGUUGUGGACGGGAAGAAGAUAGACAUGUUGCCCUUACACGGGAAAUUGCUGCUGACUAUACAGAAGAACGUUGGCAUCCGCUCCGCCACACUGAAGUGAAACCAACAGAUGCUUAUGGGACAAUAGAAUUUCAGGGAGCCCCACAUCCAAGUAAAGCACAGUAUGUUCGGCUGAGCAGUUUUGACAGUAAAGUAGAGCAUAUUUUGGAAUUGUUACAAAAGUUUUGGGGGCUUGACUUGCCUAAACUGCUGAUCACAGUGCAUGGUGGAAUAUUAAACUUUGAUCUCCAGCCCAAACUGAAACGUGUUUUCCGGAAAGGCCUCCUGAAAGCUGCCAAAACAACAGGUGCCUGGAUAGUAACAGGAGGAACCAAUACUGGUGUUACAAGACAUGUUGGUGAUGCCAUCAGUGAUCUCACUACCAAAGCUAAGAACAAAGUUGUGGCUAUUGGAAUUGCAUCAUGGGGAAUUGUUGAGAACAAAGAAUUAUUAAUUGGCAGUGAUAAAAUUGUUCCUUAUCAUUGUGUAUCAUCCCCUAAAACCAACUGUGCCGUUCUGAAUAGUAAUCAUUCGUACUUCCUCCUCAUUGACAAUGGGACUGUGGGCAAAUAUGGUGGCGAAAUUUUAUUGCGGAAAAAGUUAGAGAAGUACAUCAGCCAGCAGAAGAUAUGCAUAAACAGUGGUGUAAAAGGACGUGGUGUACCAGUAAUCUGUGUGGUUUUAGAAGGUGGGGCCAAUACCAUCCGUUCUGUUUUGGAAUAUGUAACAGAUUCCCCUCCAAUACCAGUUGUAGUUUGUGAUGGAAGUGGACGUGCUGCUGACUUGCUAGCAUUUACUCAUAAAUAUACCUCAGAAGAUGGUGUAAUGCUCGAAGGAAUUCGAGACCAGCUCAUUGUAACUAUUCAAAAGACAUUCCAAUAUACCCAGUUGCAAGCAGAAAAACUUUUCAUUGAACUCAUGUUAUGCGUAAAAAAAAAAGAAUUGAUUACAGUUUUCAGAUUAGGAGAGGCAGACAUGGAUUUAGCUAUUUUGACUGCAUUAUUAAAGGCUGUGAUAAGCUACCCUAGCAAAGAUUCUGGAGCUAGUGCACCUGAUCAGCUUAGUCUCACCUUGACAUGGGAUCGUGUAGAUAUUGCCAGGAGCCAUAUUUUUGUUUAUGGUCAGAACUGGCCGGAAGGAUCCCUGGAGCAAGCUAUGAUGGAUGCACUGAUCAAUGAUCGAGUUGAUUUUGUUAAACUCCUCCUGGAGAAUGGCGUUAGCAUGAGAACAUUUCUCACUAUUCCACGACUUGAAGAACUCUAUAAUACACGACAUGGACCAACAAACACUCUCCGGUACCUUAUACGUGAUGUUAAAAAGAAUGUUGCUUCAAGUUAUCGCUGUACUCUACCAGACAUUGGUUUAGUGCUCCAGCAUCUUAUGGGUGGCGGUUUUGUUUCAUCAUACCUAAAAAAGAGCUUCCGUCAAAAGUAUAACGCUCUUAAGAAAAAUGUGGACUUUACAGCUCAGGGUGCUUCAUUAGGUAAUGUGGUAACAUCAGUCCCGACUCUGGUAAAUACUAAAUCAGUUGAAGAGUUGUUUUCCUAUCCUUUUCAUGAUUUAAUGGUUUGGGCUGUUCUGAUGAAGCGACAGAAAAUGGCUUUAUUCAUGUGGCAACAUGGUGAGGAAGCUAUGGCUAAGGCUUUGUUGGCCUGCAAGCUCUACAAGGCAAUGGCACAUGAAGCUGACCAAGAUGAUCUUGAAGUUGACAUAUCAGAUGAACUCAGGAAAUUUGCUGAAGAGUUUCAGACUCUCGCUUUAGAGUUGUUGGAGCAUUGCUACAAAGUAGAUGACGAUUACACACAACAACUGCUUACGUACGAAUUGAAGAACUUCAGUGAUCAGACUUGCCUCAGUCUUGCCGUUGCUGCUAACCACAGGGAGUUUGUCGCCCACACCUGCUGUCAAAUGUUGCUCAAUGACAUGUGGAUGGGAGGUUUGCGCAUGAGGAAGAAUACUGCUCUCAAGGUAAUAUUGGGUAUCUUUUUACCACCAUACAUUCUGCUGCUAGAAUUUAAAAGCAAAGAAGAACUGCUGUUGAUGCCUCAGACAAUGGAAGAACAUUUGGAUGACAUGGAAGAAGAAGCGAGUGAAAAUGAUCGAGUCUCCAUCAGUUCUUUUGAUGAAGCUGAAAAUGAAUAUGGAGAAGAUAUUGAUAAUAACUCCAUUGGAAGCACAACUGUAACAGCACCACCACCAACAGCAACCAAUAAAGACGUGGAUGUGCUAUCUAAUGCACUUCAUCCAAUUACAUUCCCAGAUAAGCCACUGAAGAAGAAAUCACCUUUAAAACCUGGGAAGAAACUCUAUGAGUUUUAUAAUGCACCUAUAACGAAAUUCUGGGCACACACUAUUUCUUAUAUGACAUUCCUGUUUUGUUUCACAUAUAUUGUGUUAUUAAAAACUUUACCAGUGCCUCGCUGGCAGGAGUAUUAUGUUAUUGCAUACAUCGGAACUCUUGCAUUAGAAAAGAUGCGCAUGGUUAUUGCUGCUGAACCUGUUCAACUGUUAAUGAAGCUGAGAGUUUAUUUGGCAAACAUCUGGAAUAUCUGGGACACAUGCGCCAUCUUGUUUUUUUCAUUAGGAGUGUGUUUGCGGUUCAACGCAGACACUUUACAAGCCUCUCGUCUUGUUUAUAUCGUAGAUGUUGUUUUGUGGUACAUUCGUAUUCUUGAAGUGCUCAGUGUUAAUAAAUACCUUGGGCCAUAUUUGAAGAUCAUUUGCAAGCUGCUGAGAGAUAUGUCAUAUUUCAUCAUCAUCUUAUUCAUAGUUUUAAUCAGUUUUGGAAUAGUGCGACAAGCUGUACACUAUCAACAUGAAGAUCCUUCCUGGCACAUUGCACGCAAUGUCUUCUUUUAUCCAUACUGGAUGAUCUAUGGAGAAUUGUUUGCUGAAGAAAUAGAUCCUUGUACCAAUCCUGAUAUGGAAUGCUCCUAUGGUGCCUGGGUUGCUCCUGCUCUCAUGUGUGUAUAUUUGCUCGUAGCUAACAUUUUGUUAGUUAACCUACUUAUUGCAAGAUUCAAUGCAACAUUCAUUCGCAAUAAUGCUAAUUCCAGAGAAAUUUGGAAAUUCCAACGAUAUCAGCUCAUUAUUGUAUAUGAGCUACGACCCCUUUUACCUCCACCUCUCAUCUUACUCAGCCAUUUAUUCCUUACUUUAAAGUUUAUCAAACGAAGGUGUCAGGGAAAACGAGAUUAUUUUGAUAAUGGCCUCAAACUAUUCUUAUCACAUGAGGAUACUGAAAAAUUACAUGCCUUUGAAGAAGAGAAUGUUGAAGAUUACUUUAGAGAGAAAGACAGCAAAUUUCAAUCUAGCACAGAUGAACGUAUUCGAGUAAUAAGUGAUAGGGUUGAUAAUAUCACAACACGCAUGGAAGACAUGUAUACCAAAGAGAAUGCAAUAAAACUGUCUCACCAAACUAUUGAUUAUAGAUUAAGUAGGUUAGAAGAAAUUGCUGCCCAGAUGGGUGACUCUCUUGCUGUUAUAGAGGAAGUUAUAACAACCGAGCGGAAUCCAGUCUUCUCUGAUGCAGACACAAACAUAGACUAUACCAGUGAUGAAUCUCUUCAACCAACGGAAGAUAACAGUAGUCCAAAAACCACUUACCCUCAGAAAGAUCAACUCGCAGCACCUUCAUUAUUUAGACCGAGUUUAUCUAAAAGAGGUAGUGUUUCAAAUCGUAUGUGUAGACUUUCUGAUCAUCGACCAUCAUUGCUAAGCAAAAGAAGCCCAUCUAUUGGUUUAAAACGUUCUUGGAGUCUUUGUAGCCGUAGCCCUAAAUUUGCCAACACCAGUCCUUUACAAAUGAAACGGCCGUCUCUUUUCCAGUUUCAUGACGCCAUGCAGAAAGCAGCUUUGCAGAACCAUGAUAUAGAUGCUACAGAUGAAUCUAGUUCUAAUGCAAACAUGUCAAAAUUACAGAAACGGCGUAACGUCACUGCAAACCUACAUGUCAACUUACGGCCGGAAGAAGUCCAAGAGGACUGUUUUAAUUCCAAUAACUCUCCUCCAAAUGUAUCACCAACAUCAUGUAAUGCUCCUUCAGUGAAAUUCAAUGAAGCAUUACCAGAGAAAAGUGUUUACAGCACUGCUCCCAUUGAGUCUGAUACUCGCACUGCUACCUUAGUUCCUGGCAAAACUAUGACUCUUGAUCUCUUGAAGCCAAAAGAUACUCAAUUUAAUCGUGAUGCUGAAAGCCAAUCUGGUGCUAUCAUUGGUCACACACCAGUUUCCCCUCUUGACACCCCAAAUUCGCCAUCGAGUAGUGUUACGUUCGGUUGCUUCAGUGUGUAUGAGAAAUACCAAGCAGGGACCUCCGCCGGCCAAAUGCCAUCUCUUUUAACUUCUUUGAAUCCAGAAUAUACAACCAUUACAGAUGAUAUCGAUACGUCAUACUUAAUGGAAACGUCUAGUCCCGCAACAAGUAGUAUAUUUUUUUCCGAUCAAGAUGAGAAAUAUUUCUGGAACAAUGAAGAAAAAGCGUUGAAACAAGCAGAAGAAGUCGAACACCAUCGAAUGGAACGGGUCAUUCGCAACCGGUUGCGUCAGAUUUCACUUGAUGAUACCGAUAGCAUUAGUGACAUUGCCAAAAUUGUGGUCUCUGAAAUGGAAGGUAACCAAAAGCACACACCACCUGAUGCAGUUGUGGAUGUCGACGAAGAGGAUAUAACACUUGUAAACAGACCUGCAUGUAUACCGCAGGUCACGGUAGAGAAUAAAGACUUUAAAAGCUCUUCUGUUGAUAGAUCCUUAAAAAAUAUCGAAAUCAAAGUCAUUCGUGCAUCCAUUGACAAAGGCAGUAGCUGCGACAGUGAUCGAGACCCACAAUGUUAAUUAUUCACUGUUUUAGGUGAGGCUUCGUUAUUUUACAUGUAUUAUUAAAAUGUAUCUAUUUGUCAUUAAACAAAUAAAAACAAAAUUACAGAUUACAA